CUGUCCAUCCAAAAUCAAAAUCGCGAAAAAGUGUGACUGAUUUCAUUUCUCUGGCUGCGAGAAUUUGCUGAUCCGGUGGUUUUUCGUAAUAAUUAUUUCGCGCGAUAGUGUUUUAAAAUCACGUUGCUACAGGUUGUGAAUACUGUAAGUGAAAUAUAUUUUAAUUGAUAAAUAGAAGCAAAAGGCUCAAAAAUUCAACGCAAAAUAUUUCAAACAAGAGUGGAAUAUUAUUCUCAUUUGUGUUGGCACUUGCGUAGCUCGUGCUCGGCGUUCGCCAGCGGAAUCGUAAUUAGAAAAAGUUAGUUGUCCAAAUUGAAUAUUGGCUGAAGGGAGAAGAGAACCUGGUGAGGUGAAUUCCAUCCGCAAAUAAGGAAUUGGGAGUGGUGUUAUCGCUAAAAAAAAGUGUACUUAGAUGAAGAUAGUGUCGCUAUUGAUUUAGUGCUGAUUAUUCCGACCCCAGUAACUUCAGUAUUUCAUUCGAAUCAUUUAUUAUUGAAGAGUGGCAUUUACAUUUGUAAACAGACGAAAGUGCUUGUUGGUUUUGAUUUUACCAAGCUGCGUUAAUUAAGAUCAAAUACAAAGAAUAAUUAUUGGUUUUACGAAGAAAGAUUGACCGGAAGCGAAAGUACAAACUGCAGCCUGUAAACAAAUCAAAUUCAUGCUUCAGUGCAGUGAGUGAUUGUGACCUUUUGCCCCUCAAUUUAAAACCCCGUCACAGCCAUUCAAUUGGCUGUUCUCCAUAACCCUGGACUGGAAGAUGGUGACGACACCCUACAUUAUCAAUGAAAUCUAUGAUAUAAUACAGAAGUCAACGGCGUUCGAGCUGGCAUUGGAAGCCCUGUUGGCGCUCGGGGUCAUUUGGAUUGUGCUGUAUAAACGCAAUGGGAAGCGCGAAAAGCGAUUAUCGGCCGCGCAGAAGGCACGUUUGAUAGAGGAAUGGACGCCGGAGCCACUGGUGGGGAGCGUGCCGGAUAAUCAUCCGGCGCUGCACACCCACGUCGUAACCGGUAAGGUGGGGAAGGUGAUCAACAUCGAUGGGAAGCAGUGCCUCAAUAUGGCAUCGCACAACUAUUUGGGCUUGCUGGAGGAUGAAAACAUUCAACAGGCAGCGAUCAAGAGUUUGCGGAAGUAUGGGGUGGGAUCGUGUGGUCCCCGUGGUUUCUACGGUACGCUGGAUGUCCAUCUGGAGCUGGAGGAACGAUUGGCCAAGUUUAUGGAAGUUGAGGAAGCGGUUGUGUAUUCGUAUGCCUUUUCCACAAUUGCCAGCGCAAUUCCUGCUUAUGCUAAACGAGGCGACAUCGUUUUUGUGGAUGAAUACGUAAACUUUGCUAUUCAGAAAGGAUUGGAUGCUUCCCGAAGUCGAACAGUUUACUAUAAGCACAACGACAUGUCUGAUUUGGAACGGCUGUUGAAGGAGCAAGCUGUUGAGGACAAGCGCAAUCCUAAGAAGGCGGCCAGGACGAGACGUUUUCUUGUGGCCGAAGCCAUCUAUAUGAACACGGGUGAAGUUUGCCCUUUACCGGAGCUAGUGGAACUCCGUAAGCAGUACAAGCUCCGAAUGUUCUUGGAUGAGAGUCUUUCGUUUGGUGUGCUUGGAAAGCAUGGUCGAGGCUCGAUCGAGCACUUUAAUGUGGAUAAAAUUGAAGUCGACCUUCGGUCAGCCGGCAUGGAGUGGGCUGCUGGGACCAUUGGCGGCUUCUGUGCAGGAUCAUCUUUCAUCGUAGAACAUCAGCGUUUGUCAGGUUUAGGCUAUUGCUUCUCUGCUUCGCUUCCACCGCUUCUUACGCAAGCUGCCAUUAGUGCCCUCGACAGAUUCGAGAGUGAUCCAAAGAUUUUUGCUGAGCUGAGAACUUGCUGUCAGAAGGUUUCACAGAAACUACCAUCUCUUACGGAUUUCACUUACCGGGGAGAUCCGCUUUCACCGGUGAAACAUUUAUAUCUGAAAAAUGAAUCAGAUCCUGUAACGGACAAGCAAAUACUUGAUAGGAUAUCGCAAGAGUGUAUUAACACCGGAUUGGCAAUCAUAUCGGCGGAGUAUUUGGAGCACUUGGAAAAGUGUUCCCCUAGGCCGAGCAUUCGGCUGACCGUGAACCGUUUGCUAACCGAUUCCGACAUAGAAGACGCAUUCCGAAUCCUCCGGCAAGCUGCGCGGAAGAUUCUUUCUGAAAUAUAACUCUGAUUCUAGAAUCCAAAAAGACGUGCUGUUGUAUAGCAUUUAAAGCCCAAAUUAUUUUUGACUAUAAAUGAAAAUCCAUUUUGAGCCUAUGCACAUCAAUAUUACUUAAGAACACAAACGACUAUUCUAUCACACAAAUACUUAACCAAAUAAAUGAUUAAUUUGUUCCACCAAUAA